UCCAGAAUGGUCAACCCAAGUGGGAGGAGGUGAGGAGGGUUUAGUGAAGAUGUGGAGUGGAAGUUGGGGGUGGAGGGCAUCCACAAAGAGCCUAGUUCCCUAUUCUUUGAGUUCUCCCUUGAGUAUAAACCAAGGUCUUCCUCUUUCCUGAUUCUUUAAUCUCCUAGCACUAGCUCUUCCUAAUACUUCCAGGCCCCAGAUCUGCUUGCCCAUGCUCAAAGCUCUUAUAGACCCCACCCCAGCCCUCCCAGCAGUCUGGAUACUUGACAGGGGUUGAAUAGGUCAGUGAGUCAUGUGUGUCCCCUGGGGCUUCAGCCUGGCCCGGCUCCUGGACAGUAUCCUAGGGCUGGGGGCACUAGGAGCGACAAUUCGAACGGUCUUCUCGACGGCUGGCCUAGCCCUGUUGCUCCUGCUGCUGGUCAGCUUCCUGGCCUUUGACCUGCUCCACGGGCCCACAGGUCCUAUCCUGCCGCGACACAGACUUCUUCCAAUGGGUCAGAGCCAGGGGGCUGGUGAAGGUCCAGGACAGCAGGCAGCUGCCCUCUUCCACACAGGGCUAGUCUCAGGACGACUCAGCUUCCAGGGUGCACUGCUCCUGCUGCUCCUGGGCCUGGGUCUGUUCUUGGGAGGCUCUGGUAUACCUUUAGCCCUGCUGGGCCUGGCUUUCUGCCUCCAUCCUUGGGCCUGAGGGCCCCCCGAAAACUGAAUGCCUUCUAAAAAUACACCAGCCAUUCUGCUUC